AUGAGUUCACAUACAAGUGAAGAAACCAAUGAAAAUGAAGAAGCCGAGGAAGAAGAAGAUGAUCCGUUUGCCAUGGCUUUCAAAGAAUUAUCAGAAACGAAUCGACAAGCAGAUGAAAUAGCACGUCAACGUUCUGUUCACUCACAACCUUCUGUCAUACCUACACCACCUAAGCCACAAUCAUAUCCUAAUUUAUCUAUACUUCCAUCAUCGUCUAUAACAAUAACACGCCCGAUUAUUUUACAUGGUCUUCAUGCACCUGUACAAACUCGACCUAUUAUUCGUUUACAACGACCGAUAACCAUCCCAUCUGGUCUUUAUUCAAUACCGCCAAGACUUCCUCCACUAUCACAAAAUCCAUCUUCAUCUACAACACUUGUUCAUCAGUUUAUUCCUGCUUUAAGACCCUCAUUACCAAUGCCAGCUGAAUUUCCAGCUAAAGUUCCAGGUGAUAUUGAAGCUGAAGAAGACGACGAAGAAGAUCAAAGUGCACAAGCAGCAGCAGAUACUUAUUCUGACUAUAUGCCAUUGAAACUUCGACUAGGUGAUCGACAUCCCGAUCCAGUUGUUGAAACUUCAUCACUGGCAUCUGUUGAGUUACCUGAUAUCACAUAUCAAUUAACAAUUCCGAAUGAAAAAAUUCAAUUGAACACAUUAUCAGCAUUACAACUUGAAACUAUUGUUUAUGCAUCACAACGUCAUAAUACAUUUUUGCCAGAUGGAUCAAGAGCCGGCUUUCUUAUUGGUGACGGAGCUGGUGUUGGAAAAGGUCGAACUAUAGCUGGUUUGAUUUAUGAGAAUUAUUUACUUGGACGACGCAAAUCUCUAUGGUUAAGUGUUUCAAAUGAUCUCAAAUAUGAUUCACAACGUGAUUUAUAUGAUAUUGGUGCUCAAUUUAUUGAAGUUCAUGCAUUGAAUAAAUUAAAAUAUGCUAAAAUUUCUUCGCCUCAAAAUGGCGGAAUAAAACGUGGUGUCAUUUUUGCAACAUAUCCAUCGUUGAUAAGUGAAAGUCAAAAUACAACAACCAAAGUUAAAUAUAGUAGUCGCAUGAAACAGUUAAUACAGUGGUUAGGUGGUGAAGAUUUCGAUGGUGUUAUUGUUUUCGAUGAAUGUCAUAAAGCAAAAAAUCUUGCACCAAGUCCAACAGCAAAAUCAUCUAAAACUGGCUUAGCUGUUCUUGAUCUUCAAGCACGUUUACCCAAUGCACGAAUUAUCUAUGCGUCAGCUACUGGUGCAUCAGAACCACGAAACAUGGCCUAUAUGACACGACUCGGUCUAUGGGGUCCAGGUACAUCAUUUACUGAUUUUAAUCAUUUUAUUCAAGCUAUUGAACAACGCGGUGUCGGUGCAAUGGAACUUGUUGCCAUGGAUAUGAAACUUCGUGGAAUGUAUAUUGCACGACAGUUGAGUUUCUCUGGAGUACAUUUUUCCAUACUCGAUGUUCCGUUAACAAGUGACUAUUUUCAAACAUAUGAUCGAUCCGUUCAAUUGUGGACUGAUAUCAAAGAGAAAAUCUUACAAGCAUUUGAAUUAGCUGAUACAUCACAUCUUGUUCGUAAUCAUGUCAUAGCGCGUUAUUGGUUAAGUCAUCAACGAUUUUUCAAAUAUUUAUGUAUUGCGUGUAAAGUAUCGAAAAUAGUUGAAUUAUCAAGACAAGCUGUUCGAGAUGGCAAAUGUGUUGUUAUUGGUUUACAAUCGACUGGUGAAGCGAAAACAUUAGAACAGUUAGACGAACUAGGAGAAUUGAAUGAUUUUAUAUCGACUGCAAAAGGUGUGAUUCAAAGUUUUGUUGAAAAACAUUUUCCGACCGGUAUUGAACAAACUCAAACAAUGUCGUCCUUAUAUAAUUUGACCCGAACAAAUGAAGAUGAUAAAAAUCGACCAAGUAAAAAACGUAAAUCAACUCAUCGCCGUACAGCACGAUCAAUAUCAUGUGAUACAAAUGAAAGUUCCGAUGAUUCUGAUGUUGAAUGUUAUUCAUCGUUUCUUCAAACAAAUAAACGUCGAGCAACAGGCAAACAUCGCGAUCAAAAUAAUAAUAAUCAACUCGAUGAAAUACAUAAUAGCGAUAAUGAAAAUAGUUGCGAAAGUCUUUUAAUUGAAAAUACAUAUUCACAGCAACAGCAUACAUUUGCGGAAAUUCUUGGACAGACUGAAACUGAUGGUGGUUUACCAGUGAAACGAAUUCAAAAAAAAGAGGCUCCACCAAAUCUACAGAACUAUGAUAAACGAAAAAUGACGAAUAAUGAAAUUGUUGAAGCUCUAUUCAAUAUGAAAGCAGAGUUAUUAAAUGGUAUUGAAAUGUUGGGGAAAAAUCUACCGCCGAAUACAUUGGAUGAAUUGAUCGAUCAACUUGGUGGACCAUCUCAAGUUGCCGAGAUGACCGGUCGUAAAGGUCGAAUUGUUCAACAUGCAGGCGGACAAAUUGGUUAUGAAUCUCGAUCGGAAGCAGAUAUUCCACUUGAAAUAUUAAAUAUUUCUGAACGUGAACGAUUUAUGCGCGGAGACAAACUUAUUGCUAUUAUAUCCGAAGCAGCUAGUAGUGGCAUUUCUUUACAAGCGGAUCGUCGUUGUCAAAAUACUCGUCGGCGCGUUCAUGUUACACUUGAAUUACCUUGGUCAGCUGAUCGAGCUGUUCAACAAUUUGGACGAACACAUCGUUCAAAUCAAGUUUCAGCGCCAGAAUAUGUUUUUGUUAUAUCUGAACUAGCUGGCGAAAAGCGUUUUGCUUCAACGGUUGCAAAACGAUUAGAAUGUUUAGGAGCUUUAACACAUGGUGAUCGACGUGCAACGGAAACACGUGAUUUAAGUCGAUUUAAUAUUGAUAACAAAUAUGGCAAACAAGCGCUUGAAAAUGUUAUACGUUCCAUUUGUAAUCUAGAACGUCCAUGGGCACCGUUUCCAAAAAUGAUCAACAGUGAAAUCAAAUUCGAUUUUGUUUCUGAAGCACGCAAAGCUUUAAUUGAUGUUGGCCUUAUCUCACGUGUGGUUAAUGGCCCACAAACUCUUUAUAUAGCAGAAAAAGAUCAUAAUAAUAUGAGUCGAUUUCUUAAUCGUAUUCUUGGAAUUCGUGUUCAAAUGCAAAAUUUAUUAUUUCGAUUUUUUUCUGAUGUACUCAAUGCCGUGAUUGUCGAUGCACGAAGAAGUGGGUCAUGGGAUUUAGGAAUUCUUGAUCUUGGUACAGGCGAAGAAACAGUUUCCGUUGAAAAAACUCAAGUAUUUGUUAUACAAACAGUACAGCCUAAUACAGCUCCUCUUCAAGUUGAAUUGCAUCAAAUUGUUGUUGAACGUGGUCUUGCAUUUAUUAAAGCUGUUCAAUUAAAAGAACAAUCAGUCAAUCCAGAGGAUGGAUUUUAUAUGUCAAAUGAAACUCGUCAGUAUUGUCAAUUGCCUGUACUUGCUCUAUCGACAACAUCAAAUGUGAAUCUUGGAAAUAUAAGAAAAAGCGAACAACUAUUUCGUAUAUAUCGUCCGAAUACUGGCUUACAACAACGAUAUGAAACAUCGGAAAGUCUUAGAAAAAAAUAUGAAAGAAUUCUUCCAGUACAAGCGCAACGUUAUUGGGAAGAAUUGUACCAUAAAGCUGCAUCAUCAUGUAUUCAUUUUAUUCGGCAAGGUCGUUGUCCAACUUCAUCAAUCAAUUCUCAACAAACAUGUGAAGUCGGUCUACGUUCGCGGCGAUUUUUUGUUCUCUCAGGAAGUGUUCUUGCUUUAUGGUCGUCAAUGGAACGAAUAUUGCCGGAAGGAAAAAUACAGAUGAUAAGAAUAAAAACAACACCAAUUAAUAAUGUUAAUAACAAUAAUAAUAAUCAAUUACUUCCACUUAAAAUUGUAGGAUGUAUUAUUCCAAAACGAUGUUUACAAGAUUUGGUGCAUUUGCUUGAAAAGUCAUCAGCAACAACUUAUUUUAAAUCAGCCUAG